AUGAAAGUCAAUGUCAAAUCCUGGCAUGCUGUCGCUCAAUGGCAAUGGGACACAGGCAACGACCAGGACGACGACCCCGAGGGCGAUGUAUGCGGGAUAUGCAGGGUGGCCUAUGAGGGUUGCUGCCCAACUUGCAAGGUACCGGGAGAUGACUGUCCUCUUAUAUGGGGUGAAUGCAGCCACGUUUUCCACAUGCACUGCCUCUUGAAAUGGAUCUCGACGUCUUCGUCGAAGCAGCAAUGCCCUAUGGAUCGUCGGACGUGGGUAACCGCUGAACGUAAGGUCGGCGGCUCGAAGACAUGA